UGAUGUUGGCAUCGAAGUUUAUCCACCUCUACAGCCAAGAGCAAAACAGGAUGCAAGUGGUUUUAAUUUUAAGAUAAACAAACGUAUUGGCGCGAGGUUUUUAUCCUGCACGAGAUAGCAGCCAAGAAAGCGACGCCGCGUGGGCAGGCAGGCGUGUGCAACAGUUUUGGCAUCCAGUGGAGAUUCAACUGGUCUGGCCUGGUAGUGGUGAGUCCGGAUGCGAUAAGGGGCAAAACCGCGCUGAUAUUACUACGCAUUACGUGAAACAAACUCAACGAUGUCGGCGGUGCCCAAAUCUGCUGAGCCAUCGGAGUUGGCGCUCUUGGUGGGCAAUGCCAGCAACAACAAAAAUAACAAUAACACUAGUAGCAACAACAACAACCGCAGCAGAUCGACCAGCCAGGGCAACAAUAACACUCCAAGAAAGUAUAUCGCUCCCGGAGCAGCGAGCUCGAUCAGAAUGUGCCCCGCCAGCAAUUCGGGCAGACCCUCGCACAAUAACAACAACAACAACAGCAAACAACUAAAUGGGAUCUGCCAGCAGGCCCAGGCGGGCCACAAGCUUAUGGUCAUCAUGCGUGGUCCUCCGGGCAGCGGAAAAUCCACACUGGCCGAAUCCCUGCUGCGCCAGAGCCGGCUGCUGGAGCGACACGGCGUGCAGGAUUUUGUUCUUAGCACCGACGACUACUUUAAAACGCGGCACGGUUAUGAGUUCAAUCCCACCCUGCUGCCCGCUGCACACGAGUGGAACCAGCAGCGGGUGCGCGAGAAGGCCGCCCGCGGCUGGAGCCCUAUCUUUGUGGACAACACCAACACAAUGGUGUGGGAGAUGCAGCCAUAUGUCCAGGUAGCCGUGAAGUACGGCUACGUGCUGGAGCUACUCGAGCCCCAGACCAGCUGGUGCAAGUCGGCCAGCAAGCUGGCGCAAAAGAAUAUCCACCAGGUGCCCAGGGAGAAUAUCCAACGAAUGUUGGAGCGAUACGAGCGCACCACCGCAGCCGAUUUGAUCCGGCUCAUGAAGGAGACAAAAUACACGGUGACAUUGCCGCAGCUGCGACAAUAUCCUCCCUUGCCCGCCGUUCCCGUGGUUAAUAAUUUCGAUCAAAAGGAACCAACGGAUGCUUUAGUUCCACUUCAUACCAAGCUGAAUGCAAACGCACAGACCUGGGUGCCCUACGAGCAGGGAGCACCCUCGUACUGGUCCCAGACAGCAGAAUUACCACAGUCAGCAGGCUCUACCUCGACCAAUCCAGCGUCAGAGAAAUCUCUGAUUGACCUUCUGCGCGAUGACUGCAAAGUGGAGGAUGGGGCGGAGGAGGUGAAUCCAAAAACAGAAGCUUGUGAAUCGAAACCCUUACAGCGGCGUCACUGCCUUGAUUGCCCCAACGAGCCGGAGGGAUUUGCCCAGCUGCGCCAGAUGUACCCCAACAAGCAGAUGACGGGCCUCUGGGACCUGUUCAUCAAUUGCAAGUCCGACCUGGACUGGGCCGUGGAUAUAUUAAUCAAGGAGGACGAGCUGAAUGCCGAGGCGGGAUCGGAGCAGUUCGGCUCAGAGGUUGUUCUAAGUCCAGAUGAGUCUUUGCAAUUCCAAUGCGACUGCGCCAAUCCGGGAUCUCCUGCAGCCGUCACUCCUCGUUCCUCAUCGCCGUUUACGGCAGCAGCCAAGCCAGUGCCAAAGCCGCAGCGCCAGGCACGCAACAAACGCACCUCAGGGCCCACCAACAAGGAGUUGCAGUUGCAGAUCGAGAACUGUUUUGUGCUAGGCGACGAACAAUACUCGGAGCAUACGCGUAAAGUCCGCGACAUUCGCAAUGGGAUUCUAGACCAGCCCGCUGUUCCACAAGCAACUGAGGAGGCGGGGGCGGAGCAGGAGGAUCCGGAGGAGGAGGUGGACCCUGAAGACAAUACUCUGCUGGAAAUGGACCUGGGUAGCAUGUUCAUUGAGCGUCUGCGCGCUGAGUUCGACACUGACGACGAGGUCAUGCCGCUGGAGCAAGAACUGCCCGUCGCCACCAAGAUCUUUAUGCCGCGCCAGCUGGCCAAGCAGCUGUAUAUGCUGUGGAAGGAGGCCGUUUACAAUUUGCAAGAGGAGCAGCGCCAGCAGACGCUGCGCGACGACGAACAGUUUGCUCGCCUGCUAAAGCAUCCGGAAUACGCCGAGUGCAUUGAGUCGCCGAGCAAUGUCGGCGAGCUGCUUGACAUGGAGCUGGCCUGGAGCAUCUACAACAGCGAGCAGCUGGCCGCCAAGCAGGCGGCUGAGUUAGCCGCUCGCAAGCAGCCGCCCAACGACAUUGCCACCCAUCUGACCAAGAUGAAGCUGUGCGAGACGUUCCCCGAGAUACCCAACGAUACUGUGCUGGAGACCUUCAUGGCAACGGGUAGCAACUACAGUCGAACGGUGGAGGUGCUUGGCGGCAACGUGCAGAGCUCACUUAGCGGGGCGGAGCUCUACGAGCAAGCGCUUCGAGAGGGCGAAAAGCUAAGUGCACAGGUGGCUCUGGAAGAGCAGAAGCAGCAACAGAAACGAUUACAACAGGGCUCCUCCGGGCAGCGCUCCAGCUCUCAGUCCUCAGCCGGCCGGUCACCGCUGCUCCACGAGGAGGCCAAGUGUGCGGCUCUGCGUGACUUUGAGGAGACCCGCAACCUGGCGGCCCACCACUCCCAGCUAAAGGCCGAAUGUUACUUAAAGGCGAAACAGGCGGUGCAACGGGGCAAUGGCAACGUGGCGCUGUAUUACUCCGAGAUAGCGAAUCUGCACAAGCAGAAGAUCGACGCCUUCAACCAGCGGGCGGCCAACUGCAUCAUGGAGGUGCACCGGCACACGCAAAAUAACCCGGAUCUGCUUGACCUGCACUACCUGCACACGGUGGAGGCCAUUAGCUGCCUGGACCUGUUCCUCGAUCGCCACAUAACCGUGCUGCGCAACUGCACGCGCGUCUACAAGCAUGUCUUCAUUAUCACGGGCCGGGGUCUGCACAGCGCCAACGGUGUGUCCACCAUCAAGAACCGCGUCAAAUCCAGGCUGGUCGAGCGACGCUUGCGCUGGCAGGAGGUCAAUCCGGGAUUGUUGCGCGUGAAAGUCUUCUCGGCUUCGCGCCACUCCAAGAACUUCUGAUCGGAGGUCAUAUAAGGAUAGCACGACAGCCAACAGGGAUAAGCUACCUCAAGUGUCAUUUAUAUUUUGUAUUCUCUCUCUCUCUGUCAGCAAAUUCUUAAUCCUUUCGCUAUCGUAGGAAGAAACAUUCCUCUUUUUAUACCCUUGCAGAGUAUUAUAA